AUGGCUGCUGACUGGCAACCCGAGUGCCUUGUGCCUCAGAACCAGCCGACCCUCGACAUUGGAGGUCAUUCAGAUCGGGCUCUCCAGAAUACCUCUGGCAACAUCCAGUCUUAUUCUGAUGUCCUCGCUCCCACUGAUGUUAGUCGUGAUGACCUCCACCAGCAUUUGGCCUACAAGUACCCUCAUUCUGCUUCCUCCCAUCCUGGCUCGACGCCUGGCUUGCAACACCAUCAAGCUGUAGCAGCCCGCCUCCAUGCCCGCAAGCUACGUCGGCUUCAUUCAGUUGGACCUAAUGCUAGUCCUCGAAGGGGCCGAAGUUAUCUGAAGUCCCAAAAGUACUUGGAAUAUCGGGCACGUCCUCGACGUGAUACCGGGAAGGAUGGGGAGCCGGUCUGGUCUGACGAGUUGGAGGAUGCCUUCCAGCAAGCCCUCGAAGCAAACCCUCCUAUGGGUCGACGAAAGUGGUCUGAACGAGGCAAAUCAUAUGGACGCAAUGAGCUGAUCGCCGAGUACAUCUUCAAGUUGACUGGCAAGAGAAGAACUCGGAAACAGGUCUCAAGUCAUCUUCAGGUGCUCGACUCGUUUUUGAAGGGUGAUCCUGACUGGGAGCGACUUGUCCGAGAAUCGUCAACGGAGCGAUCAAGCAGCCAUACACCAUCCCAGUCUCACUCGCAGUCAUCAGCACCAAAAUGGAGGUCAUCGAUCGAUCAUACGGCCUCGAAUCCCUACAGUAAUCUCGUUCAUCCCACAUAUCACGAUCCCAUGAGAUCAGUUCAGCCUUACGUGGGAGACCUGCCUCCUCCCCACUACACACUUGGCUCAAACAUACAAGAGUCUGGUACCAAGAACAUCCAUGGCUUCAGUUUCGAUAUGUGGGUGAGUACUCCUCAACAGGCCAACCGUAUUGACAAGGCUUUGCACGCCUACACGCGUCUCCAGGGAGAUCUACGCCAGCCUGCACCUUCCAUGCCACUAGAGAAUGUCAGCGGAUGGCGAUCUUCAUUCCCUUAUUUGUCAUCUCUGAUCGAUGACAUGAAUAGUCCUCCUGAUUGUGAUAUAAUCAUGCUUGAAGUGAACCUAGAGCUCAUGGCAGACUUCCCCCCUCCCGGUUCUCGGCUAGGCAUACAGUUGGACCUGGACUUUGGACAUCCUACCGCUGGAGAUGUUCAUAUGGUGAAUCAGAUGGAUAAGUGGACAUGUAGCACUCGUAUUUAUGAAGAGGGACGCGAGCUAAGGGAGACAUACCAUGACCUGCCCAACCCACAAUCGACCAAAAUCAAGCCGCUUUUCGAGUCACAAUGGUGGGCUAGACUCUUCACUGAGCUGACUCAGGACAAGCGCAUCGCUGAAGAUUCAGGACAGACUGAUUCUGUUCAUGCCACCGAUGAGCGAACACGCCACUUCUUCCGUUCUCUUUCUGCCGUGCAAGAGCUUCGUGCUACUCCACCAAGCUCGCGCCGCCUCUCAAACCAAUUCCAGCCCCAUCACGGUGAAGAGAGCGAGCGCAUGGCCAUUCUUGUAUGGAAAUUCCGACAGACCCGUCCGGGUGAAGUUGGCACUACCACCUGGCGCCGAUUGAUUCCACCUCCUGAUCGUACUACAACCAAUAGCCCACGUCCCAACUCUGGCGUUGACCUCCCGCCUCUGUCUCUGGACUCUAUUCUUCUCAACAACAAACACUCACAGAGUAUCUACCAGGCACCUCAGCCCCACGAUCUCAUCCACCAAAACCAAUCCCAAUCUCAAUGGCCUUUGUAUCCUUCUUCCCACGACAAUGUGGCUAAUAUGUUUAAUUCAUCCGGACAUCUGGACUUUCUGUCCUCCAUCACGAAGCCAGAAGAUGACCUCGGCGACAAGACGGCCGUCACUUCAGUCUUGGACUCAUUCUCUGCCAGCCUCGCUCCCGAAGUAUCCCACCCAACGAGCCUUGGUGUCUCCAGUGGAGGACCGGUGAUGUUGAACGUCCACGACCUCCCAAACUUGGGCUACGCCAUGGGACAUGACACUAGUCAUUACGUUCCACCUCAACAGCAUGGUGUGAAUGUUCACGACAGCAACAGUGUGCUGAAUGGUUUCUUUGGCCCAGGCACUCAAUCCCUUGAUGAUCUUAGUCACAACCAGGGACCAUGGGCUACACACUCCAACUCUAUCUCAGGUGACCUGAGCGGUUACCACCACAUCCCAUUCCAGACAGAACAUCAAGUUCCAGUCUCGCGGGAGUCGCAGCAGUCACACCAUUUUGACGGUCUCCUGCCCACAGAAGACUUGAUGGAUAAGAUUGUUGGGCGCAUGUCCAAUGGAUCUAGCAUGCAUGGGGCAGGCCCUGAGCAUGCAAAUGGCGCCUACUCGGACAACGCCACGGCAGUUUAA